AUGACUCUAAUGCAAGUGUUUGUGACAUUUUGGGAGAGUUACCAUAAAAGUGAUUCGGUUUUACAGCCUGUGUGGGAUUACCUGCGACUCAACCACUUUGACACGCUUCGAUCUCCCCUCUUUCCUGUGAUUCUGACUGUAGCAUCAUACUUUGUUCUUUGUCUGCCCUACCUAGUAUGCGACGUUAUGGGAGAGAAUUGGCCAGCUAUUUACCAGUACAAGAUCCAGCCUGGCAAGAUGGCCACACCUGCAAUGGUCCUACACUGCAGUGGAGUUACCCUCUAUAAUCAUUUACUUCUGGUGUUUCCUGCAGCAGUGGCUCAGUGGAUGUGGAGACCUCCCAUACCUCUGCCCGAACAAGCACCUACUUUACUAGAACUUGCAGUUGGGGUGGUUGGAAACCUUCUCCUUUUUGACUUUCAGUACUUCAUAUGGCACAUUUUGCAUCAUAGGAUACGAUGGCUGUAUGCCACUUUCCAUGCCAUACACCACAUUUACUCCGCUCCCUUUGCUUUGGCCACACAAUGCCUCGGAGGGUGGGAGCUGGUUACAGUGGGUUUUUGGACCACACUCAAUCCUGUUUUGCUGAGAUGUCACCUUCUCACCACCUGGGCAUUCAUGGUGGUCCAUGUGUAUGUAUCUGUGGAGGACCACUGUGGAUAUGAUUUUCCCUGGUCCACAUCACGCUUGAUUCCUUUUGGUGUUUAUGGAGGUCCGAGCAAGCAUGAUGUACACCACCAGAAGCCUAAUACUAACUUUGCUCCACAUUUUAGCCACUGGGACAAACUGUUUGGGACUCAUACUGAGUUCAGUUUUAUUAAAACUAAGUGA